AUGGGUGCAGCUGUUUUCCGAAGUGUUCAACAGUCAACUCAACUUCUUCUCUCCCUUCCUCCAGACGGUUUUGCUGUUCCCCAGCAGUGCCGUUUCUUCGCUACACCACGUCGAGACAAGCCAACCCACCGGGGAGGUGUUUCUCGGGGCGAGGCUCUCUUGCCAGUGGUGGCUCCCCCCAAGUCCCGACGCAUGGACACACCUCGUCACUGCGCCGACAACAACCAACCCUUGUCACACCAUGAGACUCUCUCUCGCUUCAGGUUAAAUAGAUCGCUAGUUCUGACCGCGCUGACCGCGAUAGCGGCGGCGUGGGGGCGCAACCUGACGGCGGUGAACCAGACGUGGGUGGCGGGGAAGGAGUGCAGCACGUGGUUCGGCCUCUCGUGCAACGCCAUGGGCCAGGUCACCAGCUUGGUGAUCACGGGGCAGCGCAACCUGGGCGGGCAAUCCAUCCCCGCGGCCGUCACACAGCUGCAGGCGCUGCAGACACUCGCGUUGGAUCACAACCUGCUCACAGGGCCCAUCCCCGACGACAUCUCCUUCCUCACCGCCCUCACCAACGUGUCGCUGAGUGGCAAUCAGCUCAACGGCUCCAUCCCCAUGGGCAUCAGUCGCCUCGUCAACCUCCGAUUCCUGGACCUCACGGCCAAUGCGCUCACGGGCGCCGUGCCAGACGCCUUCACUGCCAUGCCCAGCCUCGCAACCUUUGCGGUGGCGCUCAACUCGCUCAACGGCUCUCUACCAAGCUCCCUCUUCUCGCUCUCCAACCUGCAGCUCCUCAUGCUGGGGCGCAACCAGCUGACGGGAGUGCUGCCAGCGUCCGUCGGUGGGCUCAAGGCGCUCAAAGCACUGGAUCUGAGCAACAACCGCUUCUACGGAGCCAUGCCUGCAGCGCUCGGCACUCUCUCCAACAUCGUUCACCUCGACCUAAGCCGCAACGCCUUCACAGGCACGCCACUAAGCUCCUUCGCCUCGCAGUCCCUCGCAUCCUCCUCGCAAGCCGUCUACGACCUCAGCUCCAACUACUUCACCACGCUCCCCUCCUCCUUCUCCGCCAAAUCCUCCCCCUUCUGCCCCUCCGACCUCUCUGGCGGCUUUUCCUCCGCCAAUCUCCUGCCCUUCGGCGCUACAGCCACCAGCAGCCUGAGCGAUAACUGCUUCCUGGCCGGCGACUGGAACUACUCCCAAAGCUACGUCCACCGCGGCAGGCGGUGGGGAAGCGGGGGCGGCAGCGGCGGGAGCAGCAGCAGCGGCAGUAGCAGUGACGGCGGCGGUGGCAGCGGGGGCAGCAGCAGCAGCGGCACGAGCAGCAGUGAAGGGGGGUGCGCGCCGGGCGGGGAUCAGAAGCGGCCUGUGGAGUGUGUUUCCUUCUGCGGUGCUGCUCUGGCAGCGGGGCCGUGCGGGGGCCUGGGGAUGUGUGUGCUGGACGGGCCCUCAUACGUGCCGGCGUGUGUGUGCAACAACGGCAUGUACAACGUGCUGCUCUCUGUUACCGUUGGCUCUUCCACUGUCACCUACCCCUCCUGCUCGCCCAACCCGGGCACGCCCCCUCCUCCCGCACCCCCGCCCAUUGACAGCACGGAGCGUCGCAAGAGAGGGUUCCGUGGAGUGGUGUUCACGGGCACAACACCAGCGCUGCCAUCAGGCACCUAUUCCAACAAGUACUUCCGGCAUCUGUCCAACGGCUUCACAGGCAACUACUCCUCGCCCACGUGGAACCUCACCAACUCCGUGGACUGGCGCGCUGUGCUGCCCGCGCCGCUGCUGCCCGCCAAGGACCAAGGCCUCUGCUCGUCCUGCUGGGCGUUCGCGCCAGUGGCGGCAACAGAGGCCCUGUACGCGAUAACGUACGGGGCAGCAGCGCCCAACGUGUCGGAGCAGCGCGUGGUGGACUGCCAGGGCCAGUGGAGCUGCGCGGGGGGCUACCCUGCCCACGCCUUCAACUACAUCGCGUCCAGUGGCGGCCUGCCGCUCGCUGUCAACUACCCCUACACUGGCAUCUACUCGCCCUCCUGCCGGACGGUCCGCCGCACCGCCAAGCGCAACGUGCGCUUCCUCCUCAGCGACCCUCCGCAGCCCACAACAACAUUAACAUCAUCAUCAUCAGCAGCAGCAGCAGCAGCAGCAGCAGCGGCGGAGGAGGAGGAGCCAUCGCAGCGUGCCGCGCGCGGGCUGCUGGCGGCGCCGCGGGCGCGGGCGCUCUUCUCGCUGGCGCAGCUGGUGACGGGGCCGUUCGGCAUCGCGUCGUACGAGCAGGUGUCAACUCCCGGGUGGAUGGGCAUGGCGCUGGCGGUGCAGCAGCAGCCCGUGGUGGCGUAUGUGGAGGCGGACCAGGAGUCAUUCGUCUCGUACCCCGGGGGCUUCACGUACAACGACCCGGCGUGUUUUGCCAACCAGGUGGUGAAUCACGCGGUGGUCGUUGUGGGCUACGACCUGCUGGCCGCGCCGCCGCUGUGGCUCGUGCGCAACUCGUGGGGCGCGGGGUGGGGCGACCAGGGCUACAUGCAGCUGGCGAUUGCAGGGGGCAGUGGUGUGUGCGGCCUCAACACCAUGCCCGCCAUCUACCCCACCAUUCUCGGGCCGGACCCAUGCGGGCCCAUCAACCCGUGUGGGGGCGGCACGUGCAAGGCGACGGUGGGGGCGAUUAGCAAGAAGCAGGUGAACACGUGCACGUGCCCCGACAACUUCAUCCCUGUUACCAACAUCGACAAGACUCAGACCUGCGCUCCUGCCAAGGUGUGUGCAUUCUAUGCAAUGAACCCGUGUGGGUUUGGCACGUGUGUGGACAACAACGCGGGCGGGUACUCGUGCCUGUGCUCCACGGGAUUCACACAGGGCAUGCGCACCGAUGCCACCAUCACCUGCGUCCCCGCCACCAAGGCCACCAACACGGUGUCACUGCCCGCGCCCAUGACGUGCGACCAAGUGCGCUCCACCUACUCGCUCUCCAUGUCCGCCUUCCGCCUCCUCAACCCCAAGCUCAAGUGUCCAGGGAUCUACAAGGCGGGCACGAGCAUCACAGUGCGCCCUGCCGGCAGCAGCGCCUCCCUCACCUCCAUCUCCGGCUGCACUGUGCCGCUCACCAUCUCCCAGGGCGACACGUGUGAGUGGGUGCUGAGCAUGUUUGGGCUCACAGAAGCGGACCUGGCAGCACUGAACCCUGACCUCAACUGCACGCAGCUCGUGCCCGGCCAACAGCUGUGCAUGGAUCAGGGCACACCGCUGCCGCUAUCCUGUACGAGCUAUUACACGGUCAACCCGGGGGAGACGUGCACCGACGUCAUGGCCAAGGCACAGCCGCCAAUCACAGCGCUGCAGCUCUACUCCUACAACCCCGGGAUCAUCUGCUCCGCUGACUCCUCCCAGCGCCUUGUGGGCCAGCAGCUCUGUGUGGGCAGCCUAGCCCUGAUAGGAGCGUCCUGCUACUACGGCACAUACACAGUGGUGCGAGGAGACACGUGUGCCACGGUGGUGUGCAAGGUAUUCAAGUGCUCCUAUUCCCUCAUGUACCAAUACAACGUGGGCUUCACAUGCACUACCAGCUCGCUUUGGGUGGGCAGAGUACUCUGCAAGCCCAGACCGUAG